AUGUGCGAGAAGACAACGGAAAAUGUCGUUGAAUUUGAAGAUAGUCACAAUUCUCCUGCAGAUAUUAUUUGUACAAUGUGGAAACUUGGAGAUUUCCCUGCGCCUCUUGAAGCAUCAGAAGCAACCGACGAAACAAAUUUAGUGAACGUUUCUAAAAGUUUAUCAUCUCUCCCGGUGGACUCUGUUAUUCACACGAAAUUCGAUAAUCAAAUCAACUUGUUCAAACCGUUUCAACAUCAGAUGAUUUUGGUCGAUUAUUCUUGUUCAUUUUCCAAAGAUUUAUUGGACAUGGUAAAUAAUAACAGUUUGUUUAAUUACCCUUUGCGUUGGAUAAUCAUGAACACUCGAGAAUUGGACGCAAAAUACAAGAUAUUUGUUAAUAGCAGAGUGUAUUUGGUGGAUGAGAGCGUUGUUUCACUUUACAAAAUAACACCGGAUAAACCUUACAUUUACAAUCAAAUUUUCAAUGAAAGUUCGAUUACAUUUCAUACCUUGUCAGAUGUGAAGGAUCGGCCGGAUCUGCAGAAAAGCACCAUGAAUAUCAGCAUCCCAUACCUUUACGAUGAAACCUUCAAUAACUUUGAAUCACUCAAGCCUAGUAUGGGAGAUGCGUUAUGCAAGCACAAUUACAUCUUGAUGCUAUCCAUAGUUGAUAUGUUGAACAUAACACCUAACUUCCAUUUCUUCCGAUCUUGGGGAGUUCCGGAUAAGAAAACGGGAAUGUACGAUGGGGUGGCUGGUGAUCUGCAGAGGGAACAAUCAGAACUAGGAGCGACCGUAUUGUUUUUCCUGAAAGACAGAAUUAGAAUAUUGGAGUACAUAGCGCCCAGUACUCCUACAAACGAAAAGUUCAUCUUUCGAGGACCACCUCUAUCCGUAGUUUCCAACAUUUACGCGUUACCAUUCAACUUUGCAGUCUGGAUCUCAUGCGUUUUACUCUUCUUGGUGAUUAUGUUCGUCGUUUACGCAAUCAUCAAAUGGGAAUGGUUUACGAAGAAGGAAGAGUUGAUACAGAAUGCGUUCUCUUUGAAACCGACUUUUGUGGAUGUGAUUCAGAUGGAGAUCGGGGCUCUAUGUCAGCAAGGAUCUGAAGCUGAACCAACGAGUGGAUCGGGGAGGAUAGCGACCUUCUUCAUAUUCUUAUCGUUCAUGUUUCUGUACACGGCAUAUUCAGCUAAUAUUGUUGUUUUGCUCCAAUCGACUUCCAACAAUCUGAAGACUCUAGAAGAUCUGGUUACUUCGAGAAUCUCUUUAGGUGUCGAAGACACCGUUUACAAUAGAUUCUUCUUUGAGAGCGAAAAUGGAAAAACGCAGAAGGCUAUAAGGGAACAGAAAGUGAUGCCUCCGAAUAAACCGAAGAACUAUAUGCCGUUGCAAGUAGGCGUUGAGAAGCUGAGAACGGAAUUCUUCGGUUUCCACGCCGAAUUCGAUCCCGUUUACAAAAUGGUCGGCGCCACGUUUUCCGAGAGCGAGAAAUGCGGCCUGCAGGAAAUCAAGUAUUGGAAUUUCCCAGAUCCGUGGGUCCCCGUUCGGAAAAACACCACCUACAAGGAGCUGAUCAAGAUCGGGUACAGGAAAAUAAUGGAGAGGGGAAUCCAGCAUCGAGUUUUCAACAGGAUCUUCUCGAAAAGACCGGUUUGUCAGAAUCAAGGAGCUAACUUUGUUAGCGUCAGCAUCACGGAUUGCUACUUCGCUUUGCUCAUCUACGUCUACGGUUUAGUGUUUGCUCUAUUCGUUUUCUUCUUGGAAUUAGUCAGCAGGAAAGUCAAACAGAAGUUCAACUUU